AAGUAGGGCAAGUGGCUGAGGCUAAAGACUGCAAUUCCACCCAGCCUAGUUCAUUUCAGUCAUCCGCUCUGUGCACAGGCUGGACAAGGAAAGCCAUUCAGACGCUGUUUAUUUGUCCAAGCCCAAACAAAGGCUAAAGUAAAAAUGGUAAAGUAUAUGCGGCAGCAAAGCGAUCUGAAGCCCGAGGAGGUCCUGUCGGAGUCUGAUGCGUCCAUGGACCAGCAGGAUUUCGGAGAGAUGUCCGACUAUUCUUUCAGCGACGUUUUAUACUCCAAAUGUUCCGCAAUGGACCAAAUCGGCACUUUUAUGAAGAACGUGCAAGUGCUGCUCGAUGCGGCGAAUUACAUAGAAAAUGUCGAGAAGAACAACGGAAAAUGUGAGCAUGGAUAUGCAUCAACAUACCCGUCUGCUCAGACCGCACAUCAACAGAAACAACGCAAAUUCAAGAACAGGAAAUUGGACAAUAUCCACAAUAGGUCAGCACACAAUGAGCUGGAAAAAAACAGACGAGCACAUCUCCGCCUGUGUUUGGAGAGGUUGAAGUCCCUCAUCCCUCUGGGACCAGACUGCAGCCGGCACACCACGCUGGGUCUGCUCAACAAGGCCAAAGCACAUAUCAAGAAACUUGAAGAGGUGGACCGGAGAAGUCAGCACCAGCUGGAGACCUUAGAGAGGGAGCAGAGGCACCUGCAGAGGCAGCUAGCCCUGCUGCAGACCCACGGGGACAGGGAGCGGGUCCGUAUGGACAGCCUGGGCUCCCGGAUGGACUCUGACCGCUCAGAGUCGGAUAGAGAGGAAAUCGAAGUGGACGUAGAAAGCACUGAGUUCUCCCAUGGAGAAAUGGACAGCGUAAGCACCAGUGGUGCGAGUGACGUGGACGACCACAGCAGCCAACAGAGCUCGGCCAGCGAUGAGGGCUACUCCACGUGCAGUCUAAAACUGGCCUUCUCCGCUUAAAGCACCAGCCGGCGCGUUCACUUCAGCUGCAGUCUUUAGGGCUUUUCACCUUUCAAACUACAGCUCCGGUCUCCCCUGCAGCCUAUCUCGACUGUCUUCAGAAGAAGAACCAGCCUCAAUCCCACCUUUACCUUGACAAACGAAACGUCUACUCUACCCAAGAACCAGCCUUAAGUGCAACUCUGUCAAAAAGGUUAGAAACGGUCUCCUUUCCGAACCCAGGGGGCUCCUCUGCAUUUCACGCAGCAGCCUCAAAUCCAACAUCUCUGGCAAUAUACUGUUUCCACUUGUUCAGACUUGACUUAACCAAUGUCCUGAAUGUCCCUUUAUCCAUUACCAGCUUGAAGCAACCAAAUCUGCAAUCCGUAACAACCUACGAUCGCACCAGUGUUGAACACUGAAGGGGUAACUCCUACCUUUAGUCAAGUUGAUCCUCUGAAACCAGCAAAAACACACUAAAUCCAAUACCAGCUAAAAGCUUACAAUUCAGAACGUUUGCUUCACUUGCCUUGUAAAAAACAUUGCCCUUUUUCUUUGGAUGAUACAUCCAGAAGGCACUUCUUGUCAGAGCGCAAGGCAGUAGCAAGGGCGAACAUGUCUACUUUGAAAAAAAUGUUUAGAACACUUCUUAACUUCUGCUUUAGGACCCACAACCAUCACUGAUCCAUGUGGUGUUGUCUCUUUGUUCAAGUGAACCAGUCCUAACCUAACAAGGGGAGUAGUCCACCCUUGUUGUUCUAAUUUAUUUAGCAUAUGAUUAUAGUAUUUAUUUUGGGUAUAUUUAAUUGUACUGUAGCUAGGUCCCAGUCAUACUUGAGAAAAAAAAAUAUUUUUGUCUUUUUUUUUUCCUACAUACAAUGAAACCCUACUGAAAUCAUAUCCAGUGUAACCAAUUUAACACAUCAUGCAUUUAGUCCAAAGAAUGACAUCUCUCUCUGACACACUGUGCAGAACUUCAGUUUUAUUUACACACUAACGAUCAACCCACACUUAUCCAAGCACACGGCUCAAGCAAUAAUUUGCCAAGUGUCACAGUUUUUAACACUGGCUGCAUUUAGCACACUAUAUUGUCCGUCCAUUACCAAAUUUCCUACUUGUUCCAUUGCUGUAUCAGUUGAUAUUCAGAAGGAAAAAAAAGAUUGUAAUUGAUAAAAAAAAAAGUCGAUAUGGUGCAUGUGUACUGAAUGUAGCCUCUCUAAUCAUGCUGUUAUGUGCUUUGGAUUGGCAUGUCUUAAAAAUGUCUGUAGCAUGGACAACACACACUAAUUUUGGUUUGUAAAUUAAAUUUAAUACUGUGUUCUUUUGUGUUGUAGCAGUUAAAUAUUGACAUUUAAGAGUUCCCAUAAAAAUUCAAUGUAUAUUUGACACACAAAUUGCACUGCUAACCCAUUUAAAUCCAUAAAACCAAAUAAGACAUUUUAAUAUGACCAUGUAUUUGCAUUUUCACCACCAAAUUGUGUCUUAACAUAGUUAUAUGACUCUUGCACAAGUUCCUUUUUACAGGUCUUUUUCCCCCCCAACCGGUUUGGGAAACUAAAAUGCACUAUGAAAAAGACUUUUGUUAAGGACGUAUAUUGAAGCACAGCCCAGAAUGUUUUUCUUGUGCUCAAUCAGCCAUCCAAGGUGACUUUUUGCAAAACAUGUGCUGCUGGUCCCCUGCAAAUACUUUGUUACAGUUCCUGAUAAUUGACCCUGGAAUCUUAAUAAACCUCUUCCACCCAGA